UCUCCUCAUGCACUGAGUGAGCAAUGUGGCCAUUUCCCUGUGCAAUUAACCAUGGCUAAGCUUUAUACCUAAAAAAAAAUAUUAGCAAAAUGACAACUCAAUUCUAUGAGGGUAUGUGUUAGAAAGGCCGCCCUGCAGUAAAAUCACUUUGAAUGCCUGGUGACGUAUCCGCCGCUCCGCCGUCUGCUCUGGAGGUUGUCAGCUUCAUCGGCAAAACAGUUGGCGCAGGCGCGGCACUGACAGCUGCUGUCUACUUACUCCGCAAAGUCUGUUUAAUAAUGGCCUGGAAAUCUGGAGGAGCCAGUCACGCAGAGCUUGUUAACAACCUCCGCAAAAAUGGCAUUAUUAAGUCAGACAAGGUCUAUGAAGUCAUGCUGGCCACAGACCGAGCCCAUUUCUCUAGGUGUAAUCCAUACAUGGACUCGCCACAGUCAAUAGGCUAUCAAGCAACCAUCAGCGCUCCACACAUGCACGCCUACGCCCUGGAGCUUCUACACGACCAGCUGUACGAGGGAGCCAAAGCUCUGGAUGUCGGCUCCGGCAGUGGAAUCCUGUCCGCUUGCUUCGCACGAAUGGUAGGUCCUAAGGGGAAGGUUAUAGGAAUUGAUCACAUCAAAGAGCUGGUAGACGAUUCUAUAGCCAAUGUGAAGAAAGACGAUCCCAGUUUGAUAGCAUCGGGCAGAGUCAAGCUACUAGUGGGAGACGGACGAAUGGGCUACAGCGAGGAAGCGCCUUACGAUGCCAUCCAUGUCGGCGCAGCAGCACCUACUGUCCCUCAAGCCCUUCUGGACCAGUUGAAGCCCGGCGGCCGACUGAUUCUGCCUGUCGGCCCGGCGGGGGGGAACCAGAUGCUGGAGCAGUAUGACAAAAUGGAGGACGGCAGCACCAAAAUGAAGCCCUUGAUGGGGGUGAUUUAUGUGCCUUUAACAGACAGAGACAAGCAGUGGUCCAGGUGGAAGUGACUUCCUUCUCCCCUUCCUCCCCCUCUCUCCUUCUCACAGUGGCAAAGGGAUGAACUUUGAAGAGGAGGGCAGUCCAUAAUCCACCUUUAAGUUUGAACCUGGAGAAAACUUGUGUGGGGUCAAACAGUCCGUGACAUCUUGUUCAAAGCAUAGUAAAACAUGCUCUUUUUGUUUUAAAUCUAACAAUGGACUAGAGUAUCACAUGGAUGACAGCCCAGAAGGGUUGGGAAGAAGGACUGCUUGAAGCUCAGCACUGAAAUAUCGGAGAGCUUUUUUUUGUUUUUUUGUUUUUCUUUUCAGGCCUGCAUCCUCUUGGUUGUUUUCCUUUUAAACUGCUGGACUUUAGGUUUGUUUUUGUUUUUGUUUUUUUUUGGUGUUUGAUCAUUUAAUUUCAAAUCGCCAUUUUUACAGUAUUACAUUUCAGCAGCAUCAAAGCUGAAUGUAGGAGGGACGCGGGACAGCGACGAGGAAAAAGGCCUGAAACUGUUAGAUAAUUCACUUAGCUACAGCGUUGUGUGUGGUCCGUCUAACUGUAGACUUCUCUGCUAACACAUGAGCUUUUAAUUCCCCCUGCCAGCAGUACUAGGAACUGACAUACAAACUCACACACUAUGGCUGACGUAACCCACACAUCCUGUUCAAUGUGCAGCACUCUUAGGACAUUUCUGAACAUAGAGUAAGCAACGCAUUGGCUCAUGCUGAAUAUACUCCAAAGAGAGCAGAGCACUAAUAACACCAACUCACGUGCACAUGCAGGGCUGUGCUUUUCACCUGGUGAUGUGUUGCUUUCUGCCGCUGGUUUUCCAUUAACAAUUUGUGCAGGCUCUUCUGGUGACUGAUACUUAAUAGGAUAGUCACUGCUUUGCCAAAAUAAACUCAACAACAAUAUAAAGCAAAUGAAUGUCUGUUUUCUUGAAAUCAAAAAGCACAUUUUAUUUUGGGUGAUUUAAGUGAUGGAUGAUUUUUGGCUUUCACAGUUUCUGGAACAGCAUAUGAAAAUAAAGAGAUGCUUAUG